AUGUCGGUUAUACUGGCGAACGGCCUGGAGGUGAUGACUGUGCAGGACUCUGCGGGUUUGGAGGGCCGUCGGGUGUCAGUGAGUCUGUCUCUACUCGGAGGGGUCUUGAGGGAGCCGAGACAUCUUCCGGGGCUUUCUCUCCUUGUUGCGCACUGUACAUUUCGAGGAGAAAAGCUCAGGGCGGAACGCCUUCAACAUCUCCAGAAGCAGCAGCAACAACAACAGCAACCGCAGCAACAGCAGCAACAGCAAGCGAGUCAGCAGGAAAAGCAGCACCAGCAACAGGAGUUUGACUCUUUUGCGGAGCUCGUGCGCACUCUCGGCGGUCCGCAGCCCCUGCAGCUGGCUGUCUCGGAGACAGACACUUCUCUCUCCUUCCAGGUGCCCGUGGAGGGCUUGGAGCUUGCGUUGUUGGGCUUGAAGGAAGUCUUCACAGUCCCGCACUUCUGUCAACAGGACCUUGAGGGCGCGCUUCUGGAGCUGAGACAGCUACAGACGUUGAAUCCCCACCACAGAGCUAACCGCGUGCACAGUUUGGGACUGGAGCUGCUGCAUGCGCUACGGUCGUCUCAGUGGCGAUCGCAAGACGUGCGCGGCUGGAGGAGGCGGCAGAAGCAGUGGCGGCGGCAGCAGAAGGAGCAACAGCGGCAGCAGGCAUCCCCAGCAGCAGCAGCAGCUACUGCUGCUGCUGGGCUGCCGUUCUUGACGUCUCUUCAGCUCUCGCGCGAACCGCCACCCCCGCGUCCUGCUCCUGCUCAUACGUCCCAACAGCAGCAGGAGCCGCAGCAGGAGCAGGAGGGCGCGGACGAGGAGGUUGGAGGAGGAGGCCUGGGGAGGCUUCAAGACGAUCUCUUGGGAGGGUUUGCUGCUCCUCGGCUGGUAUUCGUUGAGGAAAUCGGAGCAGAUGUGUUGGCAGCAGAUGUUGACAUUGAGAAGGCUGCACUGCUCUGGCGGUCCUACUUCUAUGCAGCAAAUGGGCUCAAGCUGGUUUUGGUGGGGCCGUGCAGCCCCGAAGAACUGCUUCUGUAUGCGCGACAAGCCCUCGAAACCCUUCCUGCUGCUGCGGGAUUGAAGCCCCAACUGAACUGCGCGGAUGACCGGGCUUCAGAAGUGGAGGCCUUAAACCCCCAGCCUCCACUCUACGCCCCCGAAUGGCUGCUGCCUCCAGCAGCAGCAGCAGCAGCGGGGACCGCUGCUGCUGUUGCUGCUGCAGACGCACCCAACAGGGACAGGGAAGCAGACACCCGCAAAGAUUCCAGUAGCAGACGCAGAGAGCGUUCGCCUAAAGGGCCUCCCGCCUGCCCCAACCCAAAGGACUUGGGAGAAGCACGCGAAGACAUCUCCUCUGUUUCCGCUGCUGCUGCUGCAGUCACGCCUGCGCAGCAGCAGCAGCAGGUGGCGAGGCCACAGGACCUCAAUCGGCUGCUGCUGAUGCUGCCUGCAAAUCGCCAGACCCAUAGCGUGGAAUUUGUGUUUGUCUUGGAUGCUGAGGGCCCCAACAGGCCACCUUGUGCAGAUCUCAAGGCAUGCCUUAUGUUGGCAGCUAAUUUGUUGAGUAUGGGGGGACCCGGGAGUUGUUUGGGGGCCCUGCGGGCUGCGGGCCUGGCCGAAGCAAUGCAUGUGACUGUGGGGCUGCAUGCAUGCGCGGCGGAGUUGAGGGUUGCUUUGCUGGUGCCUGGAGGCAGCUUGAAACAUUUUACUGUGGAGCUGAUGGGGAAGAUCUUCUUUGUGUAUUUGCAACUCCUGAAGCACCUGGUGACUGAGCAGGAGACUUGGGAACACCUUCUACAGCGCUAUGCAGCAGAGGAAACAGCUUUUGAGCUACAUGAGCGGCAGGCAUUCUCUGCAGUCCCUUCCCUGUCGGGGCUCUCCACAGCAGCGGCCUUUGACAGCAGCAACAGCAGCGGCAGCGGUGUGCUGCUGUCUCCAGCUGUUUCUCUGUCGCCUUCUCCCCCCGAAGGAUUCAAGCACCAGCCUCUGUUGCCGCAGCUGUCUCCUCUGCAGGAAUCAGCAGCGUUGGCAGAAGCGUUGCAAGCAGGGGCGGGCCCUGAUGCUUUUCGUGACGGGUUCCUCUUUUCUCGAGUUCCCCCUAAGGAUUUCUCCGCCUUCCUUGGUUCCCUCAACCCAGACCGACUCGUCCUCGUCGUCGCCUCUCCUCUGGUGGGCCCGUUGUGCACUCGCCUUGCGUUUUUGCAGAGAUUGCCUUUUGCGGUAUUACCGCUGGAGGAGCGAUGGCAGAGCAGCUGGCGAAAUGUCUCCUUGCUGCCUGCCGAGGAGACCCUCCGCGUUGCAAGGGGACUCUCCCUCGCUCUGCCCAUCAAAAACCCGUUCCUUCCGACUCACCGCUGGACACACUACCCAGCCGCUGCUGCUGCUGAGAUAUUAGCAACAGCACAUGCUUCUUCAGUAGAAAGAACUGCGACACCGGACGCUGAGGCGGCAGAAACAGUAGCCGCAGCAAGUCCUGUACCAGCAGAAACAGCAUCAUCCACCGAUGCUGCAACAGUGGAACGAGCACCAGCAAAGGCCGCAGCUGUUGCUGGAGAUGGUGAUAGCGAUCCGGCAGCGCGUUGUGUAGACAGCAGAUCUCUAUCUCUUGAGGCUGUCCCUCCCCGCAAGGGCGGCCCGUGCAGUGUCUCAUGUGAAGUGUUUAUAGACUCGCGGAAUCCGAAGAAAGUGCCAAAGGCAGAAGCGACUUUCUGGCUGUACCCCGAACUGCCUCUCAUACCCCCAGUACCCACAACCAACAGCAGCAACAGGAACAAAAACAGCAAAAGCCGCCGACGCACGGAGAAGAGACGCAAUGAACGCAUCCGCACACUCGUUGGCCUCUCCUUCUUUGUCCACACCGUCGUAGAUAUGCUCUCAGAUCCACUGCGGACCGCAGCGCUGAGCAGUGGCACUGUCUCAGUUGGAGUUGACUUGCAGGCCGCGGCAGCGAAGGCAAGGUUUUCUGAGCCCCCUGAGCAGCCGCCGAUCUGCUGCGUUGUCUGUUGUCUCUCCCUGUUUGCCAUCCUGGUUGUUGUCUCCUUUUCUGCUGUCGCCAUGUUUACUACCUCUUUUGCUGUCCCUUGCGCCCACGGCCUCCUUCGGGACUACUCCGUCUCGUGCUUUCUCCCGUUCCUGUCAUCUGCCGCGAGCCGUAGCAGCAACGGGGUCUCCAGGAGCCCUCCAAGGGGGCCACUGGGCACUGAGGAGGGGCCGGUGUGGGCCCCCCUUGCGGGUCCCCCGGAACUCGCGCGCUACUUUACUUGUAGCCAGGCUGCAAAUCAGCAGACUCCGUUUUGCACGGGGCAGCUGGAUGUGCCUUUGUUUCUGUCAGUGAAGCAGCGGACACUGCUGCGGCUGUCGGCAGCAGACAGCAGCAGCUGGUUAGAGUGUAUAGCAAACGAAAUGAAGGCAAAACUGAGCUUUAGAUCCCGAGCCCCUCGCACCCUCGUUGCUGAACUCGCCGCUACUGUUAGUGCUGCAGACGCAGAGAAGGCAGGCGCCCUCUUAACCCAGAAAGUCUUCAUACAGGCCCUCUUCGCGGGUGAUGUGUCUACUGCUUUGGCGGGCCAGUGGGCUGAUGCCGCAGCUGCCUCUUUGGGGUUAACAGCGGAUUCUGUUCUGCCGCUGUUGUCCCCUUUGAGCGACAUGCAGCCAAUCCCUCUUGCCUUCCUUACCAACGCACACCGCAACCAUAUCAGCGCCAGCAGCAACAACAAUCACAGCAGCAGUAGCCGUAGGCUCCGCGCAGCACCUCAGGGUGUGCCGCGUGUUCGUCUGCUGCAGCUGGGAGAGCUGUCGCCGGAACAGCUGGCUGCUGCUAAGGUGUUGGAGUUAGCCCUGGAGGAAAUCCUUAGCCUCCACUUCUGCAGCCCUCUACCGGCCUGCGGCACGGUAGAUGUCAAACUGCUGCGAGAAGGUGGCUUUUUCAUAUCGCUGGCUGUACUCGUCCGCGCUGCAGAUGGCAACAGCCGAUGGACCGGAGGGGACGCCUUAGAGAAGUUUCUCUUUGGCUUGGGGGGGGCCCCACGAAGGGACCCCCGUCAUCUUGCCGUCCCAUGGCACCUGCGCGCGAGGAGGCGGGGAGACUGGCAGCAGGAACAAGGAGCCGCUGCAUUGCCUGUCUUUCCGCUGAAGAUCUUGCUGUCGGAUGCGGUAUUGGAGAAGCACAGAGAGCGGCUGCUGGCCAACCUUGAGGGAGCAGAUGGCCUCUGCGCUUCACAACAACUGGCAGCAUGCAACAGCAGCAACGGCGGCAACAGCAGCAGCAAAGGCAGAAGCUGCGGGGAAGGCGCGGGCUUGUCUGUGAAGGGAAGGACGCCAGCGGAGUGGGCGGCCCCUACGCGUUUGGUGUUGAGUGAAGAAAUUUGGCGCAUGCGCUAUGACUUCAAGCGACUGCAGGAGCUGCUUAGCAGCAUCAGGUGUAUAUCGUCCAUUGCCGUGAGGGCGUUUUUCUUAGAGGAGGUUCUGGGGGGGCCCUGGUUGCUGGUGGAAGCCUUGCCUCACUGGCCUGCCCCUCAGCCGUCAUCUCGUGAGUUUUUGUUUUAUGAGCGGGCAGACUCACCGGUGAAUCCUCCUCCUGGCGAUGCGGCUGCAAGCAAACAGCAACCAGACCCUCUAGACAGUAGACACCACCGACGCCCUCCUGGUCUGAAUUCUGCACCAGCUCAUCCUCUCUGGCGGCUUCAAGGGUCGUGGGUGCAGCUGGAGCCGGCGUCUGCUGCUGCAAUAGCAACAGCUGCUGCAGAAGAAGCAGCAGCAGCAGCUGCUGCUGCAGAGUCUGGCAAGGGGGAGAAGCUCCCCUCCCGAGGGGGGAAGAGGAGACCAACUUGCGACUAA